CCGGGUGGUCCUCUCCUCCUCCUCCCGAGCUCCCAGCCUAGUCCCCUUAUAAAAGCGCCGACGCCUCCCCGCCCUCUCUCACUCCCCGCUCCUCUCCGCCGCGCGCACUUGGAGACCGGCGGGGGAGGCGGCGCGCGGCGCCGGGAGGGGGGGACGCAGGGGGCGGAGCGGAGACGGCACCUUCGGAGAUAAUCCUUUCUCCUGCCGCAGAGGAGAGCGGCGGCCGAGCGGGGCACUUCGCGGAGGCUUAGAGGGCCGGCAGGAUGGCGACCGUGGUGGUGGAAGCCGCCGAGCCGGAGCCGUCCGACAGCAUCGCCAACCCGGUGGCGUCCACCUCGCCCAGCCUGUCGCACCGCUUCCUCGACAGCAAGUUCUACCUGCUGGUGGUCGUCGGGGAGAUCGUGACCGAGGAGCACCUGCGGCGCGCCAUCGGCAACAUCGAGCUCGGAAUCCGAUCAUGGGACACAAACCUGAUUGAAUGCAAUUUGGACCAAGAACUGAAACUUUUUGUAUCUCGACACUCUGCGAGAUUCUCUCCUGAAGUCCCAGGACAAAAGAUCCUUCAUCACCGCAGUGACGUUUUGGAAACGGUGGUCCUGAUCAACCCUUCAGAUGAAGCGGUCAGCACCGAGGUGCGCUUAAUGAUCACGGAUGCUGCCCGACACAAGCUGCUCGUGCUGACGGGACAGUGCUUUGAAAAUACUGGAGAGCUUAUUCUCCAGUCCGGCUCUUUCUCCUUCCAGAACUUCAUAGAGAUUUUCACCGAUCAGGAGAUUGGGGAAUUACUGAGCACCACCCAUCCUGCCAACAAAGCCAGCUUAACCCUGUUCUGUCCCGAAGAAGGGGACUGGAAGAACUCCAAUCUUGACAGACACAAUCUCCAAGACUUCAUCAAUAUUAAACUCAACUCAGCUUCAAUAUUGCCAGAAAUGGAAGGACUUUCCGAGUUUACCGAGUACCUCUCAGAAUCAGUGGAAGUCCCAUCUCCCUUUGAUAUCCUGGAACCUCCCACAUCGGGUGGCUUUUUAAAGCUCUCCAAGCCUUGCUGUUACAUUUUUCCAGGAGGUAGGGGUGAUUCUGCAUUGUUUGCAGUGAACGGAUUCAAUAUGCUAAUCAACGGAGGGUCAGAAAGAAAAUCUUGCUUCUGGAAACUCAUCCGACACUUGGACCGAGUAGACUCCAUCCUCCUCACUCACAUUGGGGAUGACAAUUUGCCUGGAAUAAAUAGCAUGCUACAGCGGAAAAUUGCAGAGCUCGAGGAAGAACAGUCGCAGGGCUCGACCACAAAUAGUGACUGGAUGAAAAACCUCAUUUCCCCUGACUUAGGUGUUGUGUUUCUCAACGUACCUGAAAAUCUGAAAAACCCAGAGCCAAACAUUAAGAUGAAAAGAAGCAUAGAAGAAGCUUGCUUCACUCUGCAGUACCUAAAUAAGUUGUCCAUGAAGCCAGAACCUCUAUUCAGAAGUGUCAGCAAUGCCAUCGAUCCUGUCAUUCUUUUCCAAAAAAUGGGAGUUGGUAAACUUGAGAUGUAUGUGCUUAACCCAGUCAAGAGCAGCAAGGAAAUGCAGUACUUUAUGCAACAGUGGACUGGCACCAACAAAGACAAGGCUGAGCUAAUCCUGCCUAAUGGUCAAGAAAUAGAUCUCCCCGUUUCCUAUUUAACUUCGGUGUCAUCUUUGAUCGUGUGGCACCCAGCCAACCCUGCAGAGAAAAUCAUUCGAGUUCUGUUUCCUGGAAAUAGCACCCAAUACAAUAUCCUGGAAGGACUGGAAAAACUCAAACACUUAGACUUCCUGAAACAGCCGCUAGCUACCCAGAAGGAUCUUACUGGCCAGGUGGCCACUCCUGCUGUGAAACAAGUAAAACUGAAACAGAGGGCUGACAGCCGAGAGAGUUUGAAGCCGGCCACAAAACCACUCCCCAGCAAAUCUGUGCGAAAGGAGUCUAAAGAAGAAACCCCUGAAGUCACAAAGGCUAAUCACGUGGAAAAGCCACCCAAAGUUGAAAGCAAGGAAAAGGUAACAGUGAAAAAAGACAAGCCAGUGAAAACAGAAACCAAGCCUGCAGUGACAGAAAAGGAGGUGUCCAGCAAAGACGAGCAGCCUCCAGUGAAAGCCGAGGUGGCAGAAAAGCAAGGCACAGAUGUCAAACCCAAAGUGGCCAAGGAGAAGAUAGUGAAAAAGGAAACAAAGGUAAAAUCUGAAGAAAAGAAAGAGGAGAAGGAAAAGCCAAAGAAAGAAGUGGCUAAAAAGGAGGACAAGACACCUGUCAAGAAGGAGGACAAACCCAAAAAGGAAGAGGUAAAGAGGGAAGUCAAAAAAGAAAUCAAGAAAGAAGAGAAAAAAGAACCCAAGAAAGAGGUUAAGAAAGAAACACCAUUGAAGGAAGUCAAGAAGGACGUCAAGAAGGACGAAAAGAAAGACAUUAAAAAGGAGGAAAAGGAACCAAAAAAAGAAAUUAAGAAACUUCCCAAAGAUACAAAGAAAUCAUCUACUCCUCUCUCUGAAGCAAAGAAACCAACUGCAUUAAAACCAAAAGUCUCCAAGAAGGAAGAGCCUGUCAAGAAAGAUUCUGCUGCUGCUGGGAAGCUAAAGGAGAAGGGCAAAGUGAAGGUCAUCAAGAAGGAAGGCAAGACCACAGAGGCUGCAGCUGCAGCUGUCAGUGCUGCGGCUGCAGUGGCCGUGGUGGCAGCAGCUGCAGUAGCCACGGGCCCUGCCAAAGAGCUUGAGGCUGAGCGGUCCCUUAUGUCAUCCCCUGAGGACCUAACCAAGGACUUUGAGGAGUUAAAGGCUGAAGAGGUGGAUGUAGCGAAAGACAUCAAGCCUCAGCUGGAACUGAUUGAAGACGAAGAGAAACUGAAGGAGACCGCGCCAGUCGAUGCCUAUGUCAUCCAGAGAGAGACUGAGGUCAUCAAGGGUCCUGCUGAGUCGCCCGAUGAGGGCAUCACCACCACCGAAGGGGAGGGUGAAUGUGAACAAACCCCUGAGGAGCUGGAGCCAGUAGAGAAGCAGGGGGUGGAUGACAUUGAAAAAUUUGAAGACGAAGGAGCAGGUUUUGAAGAAUCCUCAGAGACUGGAGACUAUGAAGAGAAGGCAGAAACUGAGGAAGCGGAGGAGCCGGAAGAGGAUGGUGAAGAAAAUGUAUGCUUGAGCACUUCCAAGCACAGCCCAGUGGAGGAGGAGGAAAGUGCAAAGGCGGAGGCAGAUGUCCACAUCAAGGAGAAGAGGGCAUCUGUGGUCAGCGGUGAUGACCGAGCAGAAGAAGACAUGGAUGAGGCAGUGGAGAAAGGAGAAGCUGAACAAUCUGAGGAGGAGGGUGAUGAGGAGGAAAAGGCAGAAGAUGUCAGAGAGGAAGCAUAUGAGCCCGAAAAAGCUGAAGCUGAAGAUUAUGUGAUGGCCGUGGUUGACAAGGCUGCGGAGGCUAGUGGUGCUGAGGAUCAGUACGGAUUCCUUAGCACAUCAGCCAAACCAGCGGAAGCCCAGUCUCCUGCCCGAGAACCUGCAUCUUCAAUUCAUGAUGAGACUUUACCUGGAGGAUCAGAGAGUGAAGCCACUGCUUCUGAUGAGGAGAAUCGAGAAGACCAGCCUGAAGAAUUUACUGCCACCUCCGGCUAUACCCAGUCCACCAUUGAGAUAUCCAGUGAGCCCACCCCAAUGGAUGAGAUGUCUACUCCUCGUGAUGUGAUGAGUGAUGAGACUAACAAUGAAGAGACAGAGUCUCCAUCUCAAGAAUUUGUAAAUAUCACCAAAUAUGAGUCAUCACUGUAUUCUCAGGAAUACUCCAAACCUGCUAUUACAUCACUGAGUGGAUUGUCAGAAGGGUCAAAAACAGAUGCCACCGAUGGGAAGGAUUACACUGCUUCAGCUUCCACCAUCUCACCACCAUCAUCCAUGGAAGAGGACAAAUUCAACAAGUCUGUGCUCCGUGAUGCCUACUGCUCUGAAGAGAAAGAUAUGAAGCCCAGCACCAUGUUGGACAUCAAAGACACCAUCUCAACAGUUUCAGAUGGGAAAGUUAGCCCAUCCAAGAGCCCAUCCUUGAGUCCAUCUCCACCAUCACCCAUAGAAAAGACCCCCUUGGGUGAACGUAGUGUGAACUUUUCUCUGACACCCAAUGAGAUUAAAGCUUCAGCGGAGGCAGAAGCAGUCCCAGCAUCUGCUGAGGUGACCCGAGAAGUUGUUGAAGAACAUUGUGCUAGUCCUGAAGAUAAGACUCUGGAAGUGGUGUCUCCUCAAUCUGUGACUGGCAGUGCUGGCCACACACCUUACUACCAGUCUCCCACAGAUGAGAAAUCCAGUCACCUCCCCACAGAAGUCAUUGAAAAAACACCAGCAGCUCCAGAUAGUUUUGAAUUCAAUGAUGCCAAAGAUGAGCAUGAAAGGGCUUCCAUAAGCCCCAUGGAUGAACCUGUGCCUGACUCGGAGUCUCCUAUUGAAAAAGUUUUGUCUCCUUUACGGAGCCCACCCCUAAUUGGAUCUGAGUCUGCUUAUGAAAGUUUUCUAAGUGCUGAUGACAAGGCUCCUGGGAGAUGUACAGAAAGCCCCUUUGAAGGAAAGAAUGGAAAACAAGACUUUUCAGACCAUCUCAGUCCAGUUUCUGCCAUGACUUCCACCGGUCUUUUCCAAGUUCAACAGGAAGGGAAAAGCACAGACUUCAUACCAAUAAAGGAAGGCUUCAGUCAAGAAAAGAAAACUGAUGAUGUUGAAGCCAUGAGUUCUCAAUCAGGACUGGCUUUAGAUGAAAGGAAGUUAGGAGGAGAUGUUUCUCCUACACAAAUAGAUGUCAGCCACUUUGGCUCUUUCAAGGAGGACACCAAGAUGUCCAUUUCUGAAGGUACCGUCUCAGACAAGUCAGCCACUCCUGUUGAUGAGGGUGUAGCAGAAGACACAUACUCUCACAUGGAAGGGGUGGCCUCAGUCUCCACAGCUUCCGUGGCUACCAGCUCAUUUCCAGAGCCAACAACAGAUGAUGUGUCUCCUUCUCUGCAUGCUGAAGUUGGCUCUCCUCAUUCCACAGAAGUAGAUGAUUCCCUUUCAGUGUCUGUCGUGCAAACACCUACCACUUUCCAGGAAACAGAAAUGUCUCCAUCUAAAGAAGAAUGUCCAAGACCCAUGUCAAUUUCCCCACCAGACUUCUCCCCUAAAACAGCCAAAUCCAGGACACCCAUUCAAGAUCACAGAUCUGAACAGUCCUCCAUGUCUAUUGAAUUUGGUCAGGAAUCUCCAGAGCACUCCCUUGCUAUGGACUUUAGUCGACAGUCUCCAGAUCACCCUACGGUGGGUGCAAGUGUGCUUCACAUCACUGAAAAUGGGCCAACUGAGGUGGACUACAGUCCUUCUGAUAUGCAGGACUCCAGUUUAUCACAUAAGAUACCACCAAUGGAGGAGCCGUCCUACACCCAAGAUAAUGAUCUUUCUGAGCUCAUCUCAGUAUCUCAGGUUGAGGCCUCACCAUCCACCUCUUCUGCACAUACCCCUUCUCAGAUAGCUUCUCCUCUCCAAGAAGAUGCUCUAUCUGAUGUUCCUCCCAGAGAUAUGUCCUUAUAUGCCUCACUCACCUCUGAAAAAGUACAAGAUUUGGAAGGAGAGAAGCUCUCACCCAAAUCUGAUAUCUCUCCACUCACCCCAAGAGAGUCCUCUCCUUUAUAUUCACCUGGUUUUUCAGAUUCUACCUCUGCAGUCAAAGAGAAUGUAGCAACUAGCCAUACUUCCUCUCUUCCACCAAUGGAUGCAGCAUCCACAGAGCCCUAUGGCUUCCGUGCCUCAAUGUUAUUUGAUACGAUGCAACACCAUCUAGCCUUGAAUAGAGAUUUGACCACAUCUAGUGUGGAGGACAAUGGAGGGAAGACACCUGGUGACUUCAGCUAUGCCUAUCAAAAGCCUGAAAAAACAACCAGGUCCCCAGAUGAAGAGAGUUACGACUAUGAGUCUUAUGCAAAAACUACCCGUACCCCAGAUGUGAGUGGCUAUUACUAUGAGAAGACAGAGAGAACCGCAAAAUCCCCAUGUGACAGUGGCUACUCCUAUGAGAUGGUUGAGAAAACCACCAAGACUCCUGAAGAUGGUGGCUAUGCCUAUGAAAUUACGGAGAAGACUACACGGACCCCUGAAGAGGGUGGGUACUCAUAUGAGAUAAGCGAGAAGACAAUAAGGACCCCCGAAGUGAGUGGUUACAGCGGUUACUAUGAAAAGACGGAGAAGUCUAGAAAGCUCCUGGAUGACAUCAGGAAUGGCUACGAUGACUCUGAAGAUGGUGGUCACACACUUGGGGAUUGCAGUUAUUCUUAUGAGACCACUGAGAAAAUUGCAAGUUUCCCUGAGUCUGAAAGUUACUCUUAUGAGAAAUCAACAAAAACGACACGUACCCCUGAUGCUUCCACAUACUGUUAUGAGACUGCAGAGAAGAUCACUAGAACCCCCCAGGCAUCUACGUAUUCCUAUGAGACGUCAGACCAGUGCUACCCUGCAGAAAAGAAGUCCCCCUCAGAGGCUCGCCAGGAUGUUGACUUAUGCCUUGUGUCCUCCUGUGAGUACAAGCAUCCAAAGACCGAGCUCUCACCUUCUUUCAUUAAUCCCAAUCCUCUUGAGUGGUUUGCCAGUGAAGAGCCAACUGAAGAAUCCGAGAAGCCCCUCACCCAGUCAGGGGGAGCCCCUCCUCCUCCAGGGGGGAAGCCACAGGGGCGACAGUGUGAUGAAACCCCUCCCACCUCAGUCAGUGAGUCGGCCCCAUCCCAGACUGACUCCGAUGUUCCCCCGGAGACGGAGGAGUGCCCCUCCAUCACAGCCGAUGCAAACAUUGACUCCGAAGAUGAAUCAGAAACCAUCCCCACAGACAAAACCGUCACAUACAAACACAUGGACCCUCCCCCGGCCCCCAUGCAAGACCGCAGCCCUUCUCCACGCCACCCUGAUGUGUCCAUGAUGGACCCAGAGGCCUUGGCCAUCGAGCAGAACCUGGGAAAAGCUCUGAAAAAAGACCUGAAGGAGAAGACCAAGACCAAAAAGCCAGGUACGAAGACCAAGUCAUCUUCACCUGUCAAAAAGGGCGAUGGGAAGUCGAAGCCCUCCGCGGUUUCCCCAAAGCCUGGGGGCUUGAAAGAGUCCUUAGAUAAGGUGUCUCGGGUGGCUUCUCCUAAGAAGAAAGAAUCUGUGGAAAAGGCAACAAAAACCACGGCCACGCCUGAGGUCAAAGCUGCCCGUGGGGAAGAGAAAGAUAAGGAGACAAAGAAUGCUGCCAACGCCUCCACAUCCAGAUCAGUCAAGACGGCCACUGCAGGGCCAGGAACCACCAAGACAGCCAAGCCCUCAGCUGUGCCUCCAGGCCCCCCUGUGUACCUGGACCUGUGCUAUAUUCCCAACCACAGCAAUAGUAAGAAUGUUGACGUGGAAUUUUUCAAGAGAGUGAGGUCUUCCUACUACGUGGUGAGUGGGAAUGACCCUGCUGCUGAGGAGCCCAGCCGGGCUGUUCUGGACGCCUUGUUGGAAGGGAAGGCUCAGUGGGGCAGCAACAUGCAGGUGACCCUGAUCCCCACUCAUGACUCAGAGGUGAUGAGGGAGUGGUACCAGGAGACCCACGAGAAGCAGCAGGACCUCAACAUCAUGGUUCUAGCAAGCAGCAGCACCGUGGUGAUGCAAGACGAAUCCUUCCCCGCAUGCAAGAUUGAGCUGUAAAAAGCUAGGCCAGCCACACCACAGGAUUUGAACUUUGUUUCCAGAAAUUCUUCAAUUUGAAUCCACCUUUUCUAAAAUGUCAAUUCAUCUAAAUAAGUCGCCGAACUGUUACCUGCCAAACGCUAUACUGUGUCAUGGUGACACAAGUCACCACAAUUUCUCACUUUUUGCUGAUUGCUAAGGGAAGUAACAGUAUUCCCACAGUAGGGUUCAAGUUACUGCAAAAUUACCUACCCCAGUUCAUCUCUGCUGAACAUUUGGAAACCAUGCACUAGCAAACCCAACUGACUUCUGCUUGAUAGAGGCAUUUGUCUUAGAGAGAGCUCAAGAAGGAGAGAGAGAGGGAGAAAGAGAGAGAGAGAGGAUGCACGCACAGAGAGACCGUAGGGGGGAGAGAGAGAAUGAGAAAGAAAAAGAAUGCAAAAGAAGGAGAUGUAAUGAUAAGAGAGUGCUGGUGAGAUACCCAGAAAGAGAGCAGGGUGGGGUAAGGAGGAGAAAAGAACCAACAAUUAGGUCUGCAUUUUCUCAGACAGUCUGUAUUCUGUAGUCUACACAGGCAAAGUUUUCAACGUGUGUCACCAAAAAGGGUCUUCAUUUUCUAAAACAAGUUGGCUGGAAGAAAACAAAAGAGAACAAAACUUGUCAUGAGGGCGUGUGAGAUUUUCCCGCCUUAAGCACCUUCAGUUUGAAGGCUGCACACUGACAUAACCAAGUAGUGUAGACUGGACAUGCAAGUGGUUAGAGCCCCCAACUCUCAGCCUCUUCAGACACACGAGUAGAUCGAUCUAAGGCAUGCUCCCAACAUUUGUACACCCAGUCAGCCCACUGAGUCAAUUAACCUGCAUGCAGAAACACCCAAGUCCAUCCCAAUUAACAAGCAAAUACCAAAGCGGUUGGGAGUACAAACAGUAGACAAUUUGCCUUAGAAAGUGACUUGAAUGUACAAAGAUACUUGAUGCACUUAUUUUUUAAUGUGAGACAGCAAGUUUAUAAAACACCCAUGUAGGAUUAUAGACACUCCAGCUAAGGAGCAUGUGUGUGCGCGUGUGGGGUACUGAAGCGGAUCUGAUCGGUGCAGCGGUUUGGUGGUCACGUGCGUGGAAAAACACCUCCGCGCUCGUGGGCCUCAGCCAGACACGUUGAGCCUUUCCUAGCUUCAUUACUACUGCAAGUUCAAGAUUGAAAUGGCUUCUAUGAUCAGAAAUGGGAAAACAGUGAAUCUUACGGUGGAAGAGUUUCUCAGCAAGUGUACAGUAUUUACCUUCCUUUGUCUUACAUUGGCUUUUUUUUUUUAAUUUUCCAUUAAUUCCAGCACAAUUAUCAGAACAAGUGUACAGAAGAAUUUUUUUUUAGCUAUGUGAGAACUUUUCAUAGAUGAACUUUUUAACAAAUGUUUUCAUUUACAGGAAAAAGCAAAGCAAAUUUUCAAGUGACAGUCUUUUUUUUUUUUAAGUGUUUCAUAAGGCAAAACAAUGAAUAUUUUUUUUUCUUUUAAGUUCUGGUGAGAUUGAAGUCUGAUACUGCAGUAAUAAUAUUUAUUAAAAACCCAUAACUACCAGGAAUAGUGAUACCUCCCAUCCCUGGAUUCCCUUAACAUAAAAAUCUUGAGUAUACGCUAAUCGAGAGUGGGGAGAAUGGCAAUGAUAGGCUACUUUUCCAGGCCAUGACAAGAACAUCGCCCCGUGGUAUCACACACACACACUUCUUUCAAGAUCUUCAACCAUGAGGUAAAAUAGCCAAGACAAGUUCAAAGAACCUGAGCGAAAUUUUGCUUUGGGAUUUUCUUUUCUGGAAAAAAACAAAAGAAAAAAUACACUGAAAGCAAGUGAACCCCCAGCUCCUGCGGUUCAUCAUGUAGAGUUCAGAGAUCAUUUCCAUCAUUGUUACCAUGGAACUAUGAACCUGGGAAGUGGACUCAUGAUUAAAACUGACAUCCAGUUUCAAGUUCAGAUCAGUGCACCCGUGUUCAGAUGUGGCAGACGUCUCAGUGACACCCAUGCUGUGCUGCGUCACGUUCCGUUUUCUGUAGACUCUGAGAUCUAUGGAGUUUAGUGAACAAUGACCUCAUUUUAUUUUCUAUGUUAGUUAUUUAUUUCAAAAUUAACAUUUUAGUUUAUUUUUGUCUGAUAAAUGUGUGUUUUGCACUGCUAAAUACUAUGAGGGUUUAAACAAUGCUUCUUCGGGGUCCCUUCCCUGCGGACCUAUGCAGUCUACUUAAUGCUGUGAAUUACAUUUUUCAAAUGUUUAAUUUUUUAAAAGAAUUAAUAUUCUAUUUUUUUUAGACUUCUCUAGAAAUGCAGCUUUUAUUUAUUACCCUGUUUCUUUCAAGUCCUUAAGAACAACACAUUGAGGGUACAAAAAAUUAAUGAAAUGGAAAAGUCAUUGUGAAGUCAUUGUGACAAAAACGGACUUCAUUGAGUAUAAACUCAUGUACUUAAAAGUUACUUUUGAGCAAAGCUAAGAUACUCAAUAUAAUUAUUUAGUGAUUAGUUGUUGGGUUGGUCCACAUAAUGCAUGGGAAGAGAAACAGAUUUCCAGCCUUCUUGCCAAAUUCAGACCUCUGGUUGAUCUUUCUUUGAUAGAAGAUGGAAUUAUUUUCCGAUUUCCCAAGUUAAAUUUAUUUAACAUGUACAUGGUUUUACCUUAAAAAAUAUAUCCUUUUUUGGAGAAUUGGACCCAGUCUUCAGUGGUAAAUAUUCCACCCCAUUCCUUUUCUCCCGUUUUCUUUUUUGCUAUAGGAUUUAAUGGGAAACAUACACAAAAGCUGUCACCGAGCAGCUGGCUCCUUUUCCUAUGAAAUGUAUCAGUAGCUUUCUCCAUCCAUACUUCUCCAUGAUGAACACAGAGCCUGAACAUGCCAGAAAAAACAACAUUUGCAUUAUAGGUUGCUCCUGUCCUUCCAGACAUCUUUCCUACCUGUGUGACUAACCUAAUUUUGCUAGUUCCAUAAAUACACGAUUAGUUUAGUAACAGCCAUCACAGUGCACCAUGUACAUUCAUGGUGAGAGCUGAAGAUUGACACAGACUUCUAGAAGUUUUAUUCACACUGAUUACUUAAUCCAAUUGUAUAGAUUGAGUAUUUGAGUGGAAGGAAUUUACACUCUGUAGAUGAUGGGAUUCCAUCAAGAUAGCACACAUGAUCAUGACCUUUUUGGUAGUAUCUUAAACAAAAUUAUACCAAGACUAAAUGUUAGAGAUGACCCUCCAUUUUCGAUUUUAACUAAUUCUCUCCCCGCUCCGAUCCCAAGCCCCUGUGCAUGCUUUCUCAGUCUUGUGGUGGGACUGGAUAUGAAGACUGAAUCCCCCUCCUUGCCCCCUGCCCUGCUGUUUUCCAUGGAGUUCAAAAUUUUUUCUUUUCUUACCUUACAUAUCAUAGUGAAUGGUUUCCCUAGUGUAUAUGAAUGUUUUAAGUGUCUCCGAUAGCUUAUGCAGUUUAGGAGCUUUCCAAUACUCAUUUAAUGAGAUCUAAUCAUUUGCUAAUGGAAAGUUUACCAUCUUCCAUUUCCCUCUGUUACCAAAUUUCAGCUCUCAGGAGCUGCUCUACAAUUCUGAAAUUGCUUUUCUUGCCUCUCUUUAGUCACCUGUCAUAAGAGGUUCUUGCUCAGUAAUGAUAUUGUGAUUUAGAUUAAUAGCUUUUCUUUUCUUUUCUUUUUUUUUUUUUUUUUGGCGCUUCAGAUUGAGAAGAACAGAUCUGUUUCCAUUUGAAAGGAACUGUAAGCAUUUCUCUUUUAACCAACUGAACAAUACACCAAAAGCCGCCUAGCAAUGAGCAUUUCUUUGAAAGCAAUUAGGUUAUUCACCUGGUAUUAAACUACUAAAAAAAAAAAAUCUGUGACUUUAAGUUAAUUUAAAAGACAACAACAAAACUGAAAAGGAAGGGGAAAAAUAGCUUCUCCGCACUCGUUUGGAGCUCCCCAAGAGCGGAAGCCUGCGAGAUAAGACAGCAAGACCAGACUGCUCCUUGAGAACACCUGGAGGCUGGUCCAGUCUGGACUCCCGAGCGGCCAGCGGCCCUGCUCUUUCAGCCCUGGGCAGAGGGUCCUGAGCCCAGCUGAGAAGCACCUCCCACUCCUCUCUCUUGUUCUGAAUGGUGUUUGUGUCAGUCUGCAGCUGUGUAUGGUAUUAUGUCUUAUAAUCCUGCAUCACUUCUAUCCUAUCCAGUCAUAUCUAAUGUAGAAAAUUAGUUUCCAGUGAAAGUAAUAUGUAGUGCUUUUAUGAUAUUUGUGUGCAAUAUCCCCUCUUCCAUUGAGGAUAUUUGAUGUAAAAGAAAAAAAAAAAAACUCAGUUCCACAAUAAAAUACAAAAGUGGCAAAAGUU